GGGGAGACAGUGGGAGCCGAAAUCAUUUCCCCUCUCAUACUGUGAGAACGCUUAGAAUCGCUUCUCUCCAAGUGGACGCGCGUCGGUUUGGUUUCAGAACCCGAUUGAUUCGGCCGUGUCCGCGCAGCGCCUCUGUGUCCGUCCUCCCGCUUCUUAGCAAGAGCACCGACUUGCAUUUUGUCUGUGGCAAUGGGACCAUAAAGGAACAAAUUCCAUCGCAUUGAAAAAAAUAGAAGCAAACAAAUACAACCAGUGAAGACACCUCACAAAAGAAGUGGACAUGGAGACGCGCAGAGGAGAUACGAUAUAACAGAUCGGACAAAACACAUCUAGGAUUUACUUCUCGACUUGAACACUUUUUGUUUCCCAAAGGGUUAUAGAAUUUUUCUUCUGCUAGAUUUCUUAGUUACACGCAAGCAUGAACCGAAAAGAGAUGAGGUCGUGUUUGAGAUGCUGGAGCGUGCCGAUGCUCUCUGUCCUUCUGCUUGUCUUCUUGACACCGCUGUUUGCACAUGGUAACUCUGUGGUGGGAAAUGAAACUGAGGUUGAUAGUGCUGUUAAUGUGACCUCCUUGUCUACCGGGGAUGAGAAGAUAGAGGAGGUGUCACAGUUCACCAGCUUGUCCAGCUCCUUAGACCCGACUCACACCGGACGAAAGUUUAGAGAUGAAGAAGCAGGUAGUGGCAUGCUGGAAGAGGUCUUCUCGCCAACUCCUGGAACUCCAACUUCCAGUGAGGGAGCCACAACUACUUUGGCAAGCCCAGAUAACAGCCUCGACUCUGCAGAAACUGAACUCUUGCCUGUCAAUACCUCCUUCGUGAAGGAGCAUGUCAUCUCCUUCGAGGAGGAAGAGGAACAGGAAACGGAAGAGGAAGUGAGGCAGCAAGUGCCUACACUACCAUCCUGGCAAGAUGCUAAAGGAGACAUGGAGACCACUGUGUUUGACCUCGACCAUGAGACAUCUCCCACAACCCCAUCCCCAACUCAUCCCCCUUCCCCUUCCCCGUCCGACGUCACCGUAGAUUUCUUUGACUCUGGAUCCCGCCGCACGAACCUUGGCCGACCGACUCUUUCCACACACGAGCUUCAGGGCCGUGACCCCACCUCCUGGUCCAUGCCCGAAAAUUAUGACUACAUGACGCCCUACGACGACAGUGUGUCUCCCACCACCGACGAUUACCCUUACAGCAGCACUACUGACUCUUACGAUGAUGACAUCUCCACUACUCCUCCUUCCAAACGCUUCCCUCCUCGAUUGCCCUCCAACCCCGUUUUCACGCUCCCCAAAGGAGCCACUGUGGGAGAAGGCCCCCGUGCUCCUCCUGGUGUGGUCGACUCCGUUAAUGGCUCAGAGUGUCGGCAGGGCUUUGUCCGCACCAAUGGCUCCUGCAAGUCCCCAUGUGACCUGCAGCCCAACUACUGCUUCAAUGGGGGCCAGUGCUACGUUAUGGAAGGAACCCAAAUGUUCUGCAGGUAAGCGCUCAGAAGA